CCCGAAGAUUCGCGGUACCCCAGAGUUUCCAAGUCGACUCCCUUUCAAAGACCCAACAUCUUCCCUCUCUCCACUCUCUCACAUACUGAACCCAGAAACCCACAAUUACUCCAUGAUGGAGACUACUGAUACUACCCCCAGACUCAAGGCAGCCAUACUGAUCGUCUCGGAUACGGCCUCGAAGGACCCCGCUUCGGACAAAACGGCCAAUGCCCUCGCCCCCAUCCUCGCCGCGGAGGGGAAGUGGGAAACCCCCGCGAUCAAGAUCGUGCCGGACAACGUGUUCCAGAUCCAACAAGCCGUAUGUGAUUGGACAGAUGGUCCCAAUUGGUACAAUCUGGUCCUGCUCAGCGGCGGAACGGGCUUUGCUGUGCGAGAUAACACCCCCGAGGCAGUGUCUCCCCUGAUCCAUCGCCAUGCUCCAGGCCUAGUCCAUGGGAUGAUCGCCGCUUCAUUGAAAGUAACGCCAUUUGCAAUGAUGGCCCGCCCAGUUGCUGGUGUUCGUGACAAGACUUUGAUCAUUACGUUGCCCGGAUCCCCAAAAGGAGCCAUGGAGAAUCUCGAUGCUGUUGUGAAGCUGUUGCCGCAUGCCUGCUUGCAGAGUGCUGGUGGGAGCUCUCGAACUAUGCACGCCGGUGGCCUGAAGAAGCUGGAGGCCGAGGCAGGUGUCUCUUCACCUUCUGAGCAACGGCAGCCGCAGCAGCAACAACAUUCGCAUGAUCAUCACCACCACCAUCAUCACGGCCAUGGGCACGGCCAUGGACAUGUUGGCCCCAAAGCACACACCUCCCCCGCAGACCGGCCCCAGUCCAAUGACCCGUCCGCUGGCCCUAACCAGCGCUAUCGUUCCUCACCGUACCCAAUGCUCUCCGUAGAGGAAGCCCUCCGUCAGAUCAGCGAGCACACCCCAGAGCCCAUUGUCAUCGAAGCUCCCGUGAACCCCUCUGUGGUAGGUUCAGUUAUCGCCGAGGAUGUCUUUGCCACCGAGGCAGUGCCAGCGUACAAGGCCAGUAUCGUCGAUGGCUACGCCGUUAUUGCAUCAGACUCUCCCACCGGACCUAGUACGAAAGGCGUGUUCCCCGUAGCAUCAGUCACCCACGCCAACGUCGGUGGAGGCCUGCAACCCCUCCAGCCGGGCACUAUCGCUAGAAUUACAACCGGCGCACCCCUCCCUCCCAACGCGAAUGCCGUAGUCAUGGUCGAAGACACUGUUCUGGCCUCAUCCACACCAGACGGCACUGAAGAGGCCACCGUCGAGAUUUUGACUGGCGAUAUCCGACCCGGCGAGAACGUCCGCGAGCCUGGUAGUGAUGUUUCUCUGGGAUCCAAAAUCCUUGCCCGCGGAGACGUAAUCUCUCCCGUUGGUGGUGAGAUCGGACUUUUGGCUGCCACGGGCAAUCGCACGGUCAAGGUGUUCAAGAAGCCUCGAGUAGGCGUUCUGAGCACUGGAGACGAGUUGGUCGAGCAUGACGAUCCUCGGACCCUCACUGGGGGCCAGAUCCGCGACUCCAACCGCCCCUCCCUCCUGUCAUGUCUUCAAUCCUGGGGCUUCCCCACUGUCGAUCUCGGGAUCGCACGCGACACUCCCGCUGGCGAGAUUGAACAUGCGCUGCGCGACUCCCUGCGUGGUGUUGGCCGUGCCUCGUCCAGCGUCGACGUCAUUGUCACCACGGGUGGUGUGUCAAUGGGUGAGCUCGACCUUCUCAAGCCUACCAUUGAACGAUCCCUCGGUGGCACCAUUCACUUUGGCCGCGUGUCGAUGAAGCCCGGCAAGCCGACCACUUUUGCUACCAUUCCCUUCAAGGAGGCUGCCACUAGCGCAACAGAGGGGACUCAGCAAGAGCGCCAGUCGAAGCUCAUCUUCUCUCUCCCCGGAAACCCGGCCUCUGCCUUGGUGACCCUGAACCUGUUCGUUUUGCCUUCGCUGCACAAACUGUCUGGCCUAGGCAAGAGCUCUCAGGCGCUAGCUUCAAAGCCCUGGAUGGCGCCGCAGCUUGGUCUUCCCCGUGUGGCCGUCGUCCUGACACACCACUUCCCUCUGGACCCCAAGCGCACCGAGUAUCACCGUGCUAUUGUUACCGCCUCGCGCUCUGACGGCCGCUUGUACGCCACCAGCACCGGUCUCGGUGGUACCGGCCAGCGAAGCUCGCGCGUCGGCAGCCUGGCAUCGGCAAACGCUCUGGUUGUUCUGCGUCCUGGACGUGGCGUCGGAAUCAAGGGCGAGAUCAUGGAGGCACUGAUGAUGGGACCCGUUCAUGCGUGCGAUACCCGGCUCAUUUGCUAG